GAUAAAUUCAUUCUCGGAAUCCAAGAUCUGGGUUGCUCAAUCUUCUCGUGGUUCUUCCCCUUGCCCCUCCUCGUCUAAACAGAACCAUCGACCGGUGGUGACCAACGCACGGCUCCGGGAGAAACCGCUGCUGCUGACCACCGGGCAACACAUCCAACACGACGAUAGCGGAGAGGUAGGAUACCGACCGAGAACGGGUUGGGGAAAAAUAUCGGCCAAGACGAGGCAUUGCGCGGGCGCGAGGAAGGUCCGGUCCGGGUGCCCAACUACACAGAGGACCCACAGGCGCACCGGAACACAGAACGACGACCAUCAACGCUUGCAAAAACGCAGCGCCUGGACGUCCCCCGCCCACCCCGCGCACCUAUAGCACCGACCCACCCACCGGAUUGGUGGCGGGGGCGUCCAACAUGGUACUGGUCUACUACUAUGUUGCUAAUGAUAAAUUAUGUUAUCAUCUUGGAGAAUUAAGAUAUUUGGGAUUGUUCUCAUCAUGAUGAACCAAUUUCACACCUGCCCGUCGUCGUCUCCCCUCUUUACUAAACAGAGCCACUUCCCCCAUCAUUGGAACUCGCACCUGACGGCGCAAUAUGGGCCUUCGACUCCGAGCGAGAUACUCAGGAUGGAGGGGCAAGACGAUCGAGAUGCCACAUCGCGAAACCCGAAAAAGAUGCGGCUUUUCUGCGAAGUCCACGAGUAUGCUGAUACACGAGAUCCGAAAUCCGAUCAAACGAACAAACGGAUACCGAUUUCGAACCAAUCUGGACAAGGGAUGAUGACGAAGAAUCGAGAAAUGACUAUCUGAACAGGAGAAAAAAAGAGAAAAAGGACAUUGGAUUUUUUUCUUGACAAAUAGAAAUCUCAAAGCAGAUUUGUUAUUUUUUCUUCAUUUUUAUGAAUUCAACUCAGGAAAUGUUUAUCUUGAACAAAGACGAGUUUUACUAUUUUACACCUGUUAUGAUUUUCUUAUUAAAUUCGAUGACCACAUUAUCAAAUUCUAUGUUGAUCUUUAUAUCAAUACUAAAUAAUCCAGGAAAAUGAGUUUUAUCUUUUGAGAGAAAGAGAAAUGAAGAUGGAAACAAAGACGGAUAAUCUCGGACCGGGCCUAUGAGACAAUUUGAGUCAUCAGCCAGCCAGCCCCGGGCAAAUUCGGGCCAAUAAAAUCAGC